AUGGAGCUGCUUUCGCCGCCGAUCCGCGACGUAGACUUGACGGGCCCCGACGGCUCUCUGUGCAACUUUGCAACAGCGGACGACUUCUAUGAUGACCCGUGUUUCGACUCCCCGGACCUGCGAUUCUUCGAGGACCUGGAUCCGCGCCUCGUGCACGUGGGCGCGCUCCUGAAGCCCGAGGAACACUCGCACUUCCCUGCGGCCGCGCACCCGGUGCCGGGCGCGCGCGAGGAUGAGCAUGUGCGCGCGCCCAGCGGGCACCACCAGGCGGGCCGCUGUCUACUGUGGGCCUGCAAGGCGUGCAAACGCAAGACCACUAACGCGGACCGCCGCAAGGCCGCUACCAUGCGCGAGCGGCGCCGCCUGAGCAAAGUCAACGAGGCCUUCGAGACGCUCAAGCGCUGCACGUCUAGCAACCCAAACCAGCGGCUGCCCAAGGUGGAGAUCCUGCGCAACGCCAUCCGCUACAUCGAAGGUCUGCAGGCGCUGCUUCGCGACCAGGACGCCGCGCCCCCUGGUGCUGCCGCUGCCUUUUACGCGCCUGGCCCUUUGCCCCCAGGCCGCGGCGGCGAGCACUACAGCGGCGACUCGGACGCGUCCAGCCCGCGCUCCAAUUGCUCCGACGGCAUGAUGGACUACAGCGGCCCCCCGAGCGGUGCCCGGCGGCGGAACUGCUACGAAGGCACCUACUACAGCGAGGCGCCCAACGAACCCCGGCCCGGGAAGAGUGCUGCGGUGUCGAGCCUCGACUGCCUGUCCAGCAUCGUGGAGCGCAUCUCCACCGAGAGCCCCGCCGCGCCCGCUCUUCUGCUGGCCGACGCGCCGCCGGCGUCGUCUCCAGGCCCGCAAGAGGCGGCCGCCGGGAGCGAGGUCGAGCGCGGCAGCCCCACCCCUUCCCCCGACACCGCCCCUCAGUGCCCAGCGGGCGCGAACCCCAACCCGAUCUACCAGGUGCUCUGA